UUAGCUUCAAGGGAAAUAACGCAGGUGCACAGGCCGCCUCACACGCAACGCUGAAUUGUUACACUGGAAAGCAUAGUAUUACAGCUGCCUCCACCGGUCGCUAGGUGCAUCACACUGCAUUUUGCAGAUUUACACAGUAGAGCAGGAAUCAUUUUCAUCAUUUACUGGCUAUGUCGGGACUGGUUUCCGUGGACUACGAAGUGUACGGACACGUACAAGGUGUAUUCUUCCGUAUGCACACAGAGAAAGAGGGAAAUCAACUGAAGCUGGUGGGCUGGGUGCGGAACACGAAUCGGGGCACCGUGGAGGGCCAGGUCCAGGGGCCAAAGGACACUGUGGAAAAGAUGAAGACUUGGCUGAGAACCACUGGCAGCCCAAUGUCCCGUAUUGACAGGGCUACUUUCACCAAUGAGAAAGACAUCCCUGCCCUGGAGUUCAACUCUUUCACCACCAAAUACUGAAGGGUCACCACUUGCACUGGCACCAACGCAACACCAACAUGGCGGCCUGUGCCACCUCUAAGCCUUCAUCCGCACCAACUACCCUGAACAUGGCAACUGCACGCUGGCAGAGUUUACAGAAUAGUAAUAAUAAUUAAAAACUUUGUUCAUAUAGCACCUGUCAUAAAAGACAGGAAACAUUCGUCUCUAACUUAAGUUGCAGUAGUACCAUCCAAACGCACAGCUAAACUUUAUUGGACAUUUAACAUCUGAUAAAUCAAAAUUAAACAUAGUACUUUGAGAGGUUUUCUGCAACAGUCGUUUAUGUAAUGAAACAAUCUGAUGUGUACAUUGCAAUUGGAACUGUAAUGUAAUAAAAAAUGUAAAAAAAAAAAGUUAAUAUUCACAUUGGUGCAUUGUCAUCUAUCAAAAAGUGUUCCCUGCCGACACAGGUUUUGAAGCAAAUUAGCUAAUGGUGUUGUAUUGACGCUUGGGGCCGUUUGCACAGUGCAGUAUUUUCCCUCUGUUUCAUGUCAUCUCUCUGGAAUCAUUGUCCCGAUAGAGUUACGCAACAGACUGAAAAUAGUCCCUCUCCUGUUUUAAGUGAAUACAGCAAAAAACUUCUGCUGUCUAUGCAAUGGCAGUUUUCUUUCACUGUCAACUGGGAAUAAACAACAAAA